AUGCAGGAAAAAUUACAUUCUGUUGUUCGAUUAUCAGUGCAUUUGCCAGAAAAGCAAAAGAUUUAUUUUAGUACUGGAAAUGAAGCUGAAGCACUUAAUUCUCAGUCAGCCCAAAAUACGAUGUUAACUGCAUGGUUCAAGUUAAAUAAACAAGAUGUUGAUGCUAUAAAGCAUAUAGAAAAGAUUAUUGGUAGAAUGUAUACUGUUUCACUAUCAUACAUUGAACUAUUCUGUCUCAGACUUUUGCUUUUGCAUAUGCCUGGUGUUAAAGGUUUUCAAGAUCUUAAAACUAUUCAAGACCAUGUAUAUACUUCUUUUCAUGAAGCAGCCUUAAUUUCUGUGGCAAAUGCCAAGAGAAUUAAGACAGCUGUUCAUAAUGAUACUUAUUUGAGUGCUGAAGUCUCUCUAUAUCAUGCUUAUCAAAUUAUUAAUAAAAAAUUAGCACAAUUUAAAAAAUCUCUUGAAAAAAAUUUUCAUAUAUUAUUAUCUAUGGCUGCUAAUAUACACAUUAAUGAGGAACAUAUUGACAGGGACCAGAAACAUAGAAUUGCUGAUAAAAUCAUAGCUGCAACAAGUAAACUAAAUAAUAAUGAUAAGUACUUUUUUGUUAACAGUCCCAGUAGAACUAAGAAGACAUUUUUGUAUCAGACACUAUGUCAUAAACUGAAUGGACUCAGAAUUGAAGUACUUACUAUGGCCUGGACAGGAAUUGUUGCUAAUUUGUUACCAAAAGCAACAACUCUUUGGUUACAUUUUACUGUUUUGCAAUUUUGGCAAAAUAUGAGAGCAAAUGCAGACAAAAUAAAAUUUUUACAAUGGCUUCUCUAUCUUGGAAAUGGAACACUCCCAGCAAUUAAUGAAGAAAUAGAAGUUCCAACACAAUAUAUUUCAACUAAUAACUUAGUUACAGAUGUUUUUAGUAAUGCUUUAGAAAAUGGAGAUAAAACAGCCUUACUCUCAACAGUAAUCCUAUGUUCAACCAAUAAAUUGAGUCUUGAUGUGUGUAAUGAGAUGAUUCAGAGAAUGCCUGGUUAUGAAAAAGUAUAUUUUAGCAUUGACAGAAUAGUUUGUGACCAAGGUGAAGACCUAGCUGAAUUUUCAGAAGAGUUUUUAUACUCUCUUACCUCUAAUGGUCUGCUACCACAUUGUUUAGUGCUUAAGCAAGGUGCCAUUGUAAUGUUAUUGUGUAAUUUGUAUGUUAGUUAA